ACAAAGUGUUAUUAUAAUAAGGUCUAAUGAGGUCAGUGAUUUAAAGAGAGGGUUUUAAACGAUAUAUAAAGCUCCUCCAACAAUCAGUGGCACAGGAUGAAGGUAAGAAGAGGCAGGACAAAGGCCACUGCUUUGUUAAAGCUUGGCGUGCAGGGUAGUGCUGAAGACAGGGGACUUUCCUAAACCGAGAGGAAGGACUUUCUCUGCAAGGUCAGAAACCAGGUGCUGUAGGAUAAGGUUCACAACAAUGCAAUCCUCUAUCCUGUUUUGGGGACUUGUUGCACUCAUUGGCACUUCAAGGGGCUCGUACCCUUUCACUCACUCAAUGAGCCCUCACCUGCAUCCCCGCCUGUACCAUGGCUGCUAUGGUGACAUCAUGACCAUGGAGACCUCUGGUGCCGCCUGUGAUAUAACCAGGUUGAUGAACUGUGGGAUCCGUGGUUCUGAAAUGUUUGCUGAGAUGGAUUUGAAGGCCUUAAAAACUUACCAGAUUCUGAUCAAAGAAGUUGGGCUGAGAUAUUGUGUGGACCCUGCUCUCAUCGCAGCCAUCAUCUCCAGAGAAAGCCACGGUGGAAGUGUCCUGCAAGAUGGCUGGGACCACAGGGGACUUAAAUUUGGCUUGAUGCAGCUGGAUAAAAAAAUUCAUCACCCUAUUGGUACGUGGGACAGCAAAGAACACCUUUUGCAGGCUGUUGGGAUUCUAGCAGACAAAAUUAAGGCAAUCCAGAAAAAAUUCCCCACGUGGAGUGUGGCUCAACACCUCAAAGGUGGUCUCUCGGCAUUUAAGUCAGGAACCAAUGCCAUUGUCACCCCCACGGACAUAGACAAUGACUUGGUCAAUGAUCUUCUUGCCCGAGCUAAAUUCUAUAAAAGACAUGGCUUCUAG